AUGAUUGCAGUAGACUCGCCAAUCUCACCAGGUGAGGCCUCUUUCCCCGGUUCCAUCUCGGCAUCGGUGCAUUCCGGUGUAGCUGGUUGCUCAGAAAAUGAUUUUCGUUGUAACGAUGGUAAAUGUAUUCGUUUUGAGUGGAAGUGCGAUGGAUCUGGAGAUUGCUCAGAUGGCGAAGAUGAGAAGGACUGCCCUCAUCCUGGAUGCAAAACAGAUCAGUGGCAGUGUGAUAGAUAUGAGUGGCGUUCUACUUCAUGCAUUCCCGAGUAUCAGCGCUGUGAUAAUAUUACUGAUUGCGCAGAUGGAUCAGAUGAAGUAGAUUGUCCUGCUCCGAGCAUUUCUUGCAACGUAAAUGACGGCUCCGUAUUUCAAUGCGCUGACGGUAGGCAAUGUUUUGAUAUAUCAAAAAAAUGUGAUGGAAAGUACGAUUGCCGAGAUUUGAGUGACGAAAAGGAUUCCUGCCCUCGUAAUCAUACGGCUUGCUUCCAAUACCAAUUUCGUUGUGAGGAUAGAUCACAAUGUAUUCAGAAGUCUUGGGUAUGUGAUGGUUCAAAUGACUGUGCUGAUGGUUCAGACGAGCCACCGACUUGUGAAUUUAAGCAGUGUGGCGGUGGCGAAUUUCAAUGCAAAAAUAAACGAUGCCAACCGAGAAAAUUCCGAUGUGACUACUACGAUGAUUGUGGUGACAACUCGGAUGAAGAAGGAUGUGGUCAUUAUCUUUGCCCCCCACAACAGUGGAAUUGUCCAGGUUCAGGUCACUGCAUCCCAGAAACUAAAUUAUGUGAUGGUAAAAACGAUUGCUCUGACGGUGCCGACGAACAAAAUUGCUCAUCAAAUCUCUGUCCAUCAUUAGGAUGUCAAGCUGGAUGUCAUCCAUCACCAUCUGGUGGAGUUUGUACUUGUCCAGUUGGUUACAAAUUGGAUAAACGAUUUCAACGGAUUUGUUCAGAUAUCAAUGAAUGUGUUGAAUGGGGGUACUGUGAUCAAGGGUGCCAGAAUCAUCGUCCAGGAUUCACAUGUUCUUGUCUUGGGAAGUGCUACCAUUUAGAAAUGAUGCAUGGUCCCAGCAAAGAUAAUUACUCUUUGAGAGGAUACUGUAUAUCCCAUGAAUCAGAUAGCAUGCGUUUAUAUGUUGCCAGAAGAGAAGGCUUAUAUAGGAUAAAUCCGAAUAAUCCCAACGAAGAAGCAAAAAAAUUAGUGUCUGGCGAAUUUAUUUACGGCAUUGGAUAUGAUUUUGGUGAUAAAAAGAUGUUUUGGACCGAUCGUUUAUCACAUUCAGCAUUCAGUGCUGAUAUCGAUGAUAGCGGUGAUAUAAAAAAUAUCAAGAAACUUAAUUUGAAAAACUUGGUAUAUCCACGGAAUUUAGCUGUAGAUUGGAUUACAAAUCAUCUGUAUAUAAUUGAGUCAGGAUCGAGACGAAUUGACGUAUCAACUUUUGAUGGAGAACGAAGAACCGUUCUAAUUGCAGAUGGCUUAACUUUACCAUUAGAUAUUGCAUUAGAUCCAAUCAGAGGAGAAAUGUUUUUCUCUAACCAAUUUAAACUGGAGGCAGCAGCGAUGGAUGGUACUGGUAGACGUACAUUAAUUGACACUCACACACACCAAGUGAGUGGUGUCGUAGUUGAUAUUGCCGCUAGACGAGUUUACUGGGUAGAUCCAAAAGUUGAUCGUGUAGAAUCAAUCGAUUACACUGGAAAUGAUCGAAAAAUCGUAAUUCAGGGAAUGAACAAUGUGCCACAUCCAUUUGGCUUAACAAUAUUUGAUCAGUAUCUUUACUGGACAGAUUGGACGCGUCUCGGUAUCGUUAGAGUAGAAAAAUUCGGUUCAGCUACAGAUGUUAUUUGGACCAAAAAAGAAAAUAAUGUUUUUCCAAUGGGUAUUGCGGCAUACCAUCCUAUGGCCCAAGUUGGACCUCAAGAAAGUGAAUGUCUCGGAUUAAAGAUUGAUAACACAUGCGUUGAUGUGGAUUGUCAGGGAAUGUGUAUUCUUAGCAAAGAUUAUGGUGGAUUUGGUGUUGGCUACCGAUGUGUUUGUCCUAUCGGACAGAAAUUAGUCGAUGGAAAACGUUGCAUUGAUUCCACCGAUUAUCUCUUAUUUAGUAGUAACAAAAUAGUGCGUGGAAUCUUCCCAGACAUGUUGCAAAGUUCUUUAAGUGAAGCUAUUUUGCCUAUUUCGCCUGUAUCACAACGUCGUAUAGGAAUGUAUUUUGAAGUUGAAUGUGAUAUCCACGGAAAUAGCUUCUUCUACGCUGAUAUCAUGGAUAACACAGUCUAUCGAGUGAAACCAGAUGGAGAGGGAUCAGCACCCGUACUGGUCACUCAUAACGAUGGCCUAGUGUCCAUGUCAUUCGACUGGCUUUCAAAACAGCUUUAUUAUGUUGAUAACAUCAGAAACAGCCUUGAAGUAGUCAAAAUAUCCGAACAAGGUUUAAUCCAUCCUGAUCAGCUAAUUCAUCGGCAAUUACUGACUGGAUUGCGUGAUCCUGUUGCAGUUGCAGUACAUCCUUGGCGUGGAAUUUUAUUCUUUGCUGAAGCUCAACGACCAGCUAAAAUCUUUCGAUGUAAUAUAGAUGGCAGUGGGUGUCAAAUCAUACGCAAUACAACUCUUGGAAGACCUUCAAGUUUUGCCAUAGACUUCUUAGAAGAUCGUCUUUGCUAUGGUGACACUUUGCUCAAGACGAUCAAUUGCAUGGAUUUUGAUGGCUCAAAACCAUAUAUUUUACCUGUAGACAAUCCAAUACCUGUUGCGAUUGCUAUACUUGGAGAUGAAAUGUAUUAUGUCCAUCAAAGGCCUUAUUCAAUACGUCGUGUUAAUAAACGUAACGGUGGUACGGGACGAGUUGUUCGAGAGUUUGUCGGUGAAGAUCGAAGUGUUUUCUCUUUAAAGGCUUGUUCUACAUCUAAUCAACCCAUUCCAAAUCCAUCUAUGGAACAUCCAUGUCAUGCUAGUGAUUGUUCUCAGCUUUGUUUUGCUCUUCCAAAUUCUUCUUCAUCAUCAGAAGCUCAACCAUUAGUGAAACAAUGUGGAUGUAGACAAGGAUUCAAAAUAAAUCCUGAAAAUAUGCGCACUUGUCAACGUGAUCAUCGUGAAGUGAUUGAAGUAUUGUGUGCUAGUAAUUCAUCACAAUUUUCUUGUGCUAAUGGACGCUGUAUACCUAACGAAUGGAAAUGUGAUGGUGAAAAUGAUUGUCUCGAUGGUAGUGAUGAGGUAGGAGCAGAUGGAAAGCCUUGUUUUGUUAAAAAAGAAUGCCCAUUGAAUACCAUACGGUGUAAAAAUACUAACAAAUGCAUUCCACAACAAUAUGCUUGUGAUGGAGAUAAUGAUUGUGGCGACUAUUCAGAUGAAGAUGUCAAGUACUGCAAAAAUGGUGCAACUCCUGUUUGUGCUGCACGGAAGUUUCAAUGUGAUAAUCAUCGAUGCAUUCCGGAACAGUGGAAAUGUGAUUCUGAUAACGAUUGUGGCGAUGGUUCAGAUGAAAAAUUUGAAAUGUGCAGUAAUGCAACUUGUGCUUCUAAUCAGGCAACAAAAAGAAAGACGCAAGAGUUUACUUGUGGAAAUGGCCGUUGUAUUCCGGUAUAUUGGCUGUGUGAUGGUGAUAAUGAUUGUUAUGAUAACACGGAUGAAGAUAAAGAACGAUGUCCUCCUACAUUAUGUCGUCCUGAUCAGUUUCGCUGCGCGAAUAAGCGUCAAUGCAUCUCACUUAAAAAUCAUUGUGAUGGACAACAAGAUUGUGAAGAUGGUUCAGAUGAAGAGAGUUGUCUGAUUCAGGAGAAUAAGUGUGUUCAUGGUGAAUUUACAUGUGUAUCCAGUGGAAUUUGCAUACCGUUGUCAUGGAAAUGCGAUGGACAAAAGGACUGUGAGGAUGGCAGCGACGAGCCUGAAGGCCUUUGCUCUUCAGUUCAGUGUGACAAGGAUCAUUUCAGAUGUGCCAAUGGUCGUUGCAUUUUUAAUUCUUGGCUUUGCGAUGGUGAAAAUGAUUGCGAGGAUAACAGUGAUGAGGAUCCCGCGCAUGGUUGCCAACGAUCGGAGCAACUCUCCCCUCGUUGUCCAUUCCAAUAUGUAGCCUGUCCAGGAGCUCCAGAUAUUUGUAUACCGUUGCAUAAUUUAUGCGAUCGUAAAGAGCAUUGCCCAGGUGGUACUGAUGAAGGUGGUCGUUGUGCUCGAGAUUUAUGUGCAGCAGAUCGAGCUGGUUGUGCUUUCAAAUGUCACAUGAGUCCUGAUGGUCCACUUUGCUCAUGUCCUUUUGGUGAGGCGGUUGUGAACAAAACAAAAUGUGAGCCAGAAAACGAAUGUUUAGAUGCUCGUUCAUGCAGUCAAAUCUGUACUGAUGAAAAGCACGGUUUCACUUGCAGUUGUGAGCAAGGAUAUACAUUAGAUGCUGACAAACGAACUUGUAAAGUUACCGAUGGUGUUGAGGAUAUGCGCAUUUAUGUAUCAAAUCGAAAUCGAAUAUACUGGUCUGACCAUCUCUUAGAAAAUUGGCACACCUUUGAAGCUCGAGUUGAGAAUGCAAUUGCAUUGGCUUGGGAUUCAGUAGAAGAUCGAAUUUACUGGUCAGAUAUAAGAGAAAAGAAAAUCUUCUCGGCUUCAAGAAAUGGUACUAAUAUGACUGUGUUUAUAAGCGAAGGGCUCGAUGUUACAGAAGGGAUUGCUCUUGACUGGGUUGCACGUAACUUGUAUUGGGUAGAUUCAAGUUUAAACACCAUUGAAGUGGCAUCAUUGGAACGAGCUGGUGCAAGAGCAGUAUUAAUUCAUGAAAAUGUCGAUCAACCUCGUGGUAUUGCUGUUGAUCCUAGAAAUGGAUUACUAUUUUGGACUGAUUGGGGACAGAAUCCCCGUAUUGAACGAGCAAAUAUGGAUGGUUCUGAAAGGCGGACUCUGUUAAAUUCAAAAAUUUAUUGGCCCAAUACAAUUGCUUUAGAUCUGACUACUAAUCGACUUUACUUUGCUGAUAGUAAAUUGGAUUACAUCGAUUUUGUUAAUUAUGAUGGCACUGGUCGUACACAGGUUCUCACCUCAUCAAAAUUCGUACAGCAUCCACACGCAUUAGCAAUAUUUGAAGACACAAUUUACUACAGCGAUCGUCGAUUACAAAAACUUUUACUGUAUCCAAAAUAUCCCAACGGUACAUCAACAGAGUAUCGUUCACAUACAUUUUCAAAAGCUCUUGGAGUUGUUGCUGUGCAUCCAAUUUUGCAACCACAUUUGAAUAAUCCGUGUGAUGGCAAUCCUUGCUCUGAUUUAUGUCUAAUCGGUAAAAACAUGAAAAGUGUGUGCAAAUGUCCAUUAAGUAAAAUACUAGAUGUAAGUGGCAAAAAUUGCAUCAGUGACAUGAAGCCAUUUUUGAUGCUUAUUCAAAAGACUAAUAUUUUUGGCUUAUCCAUGGAUGAAUCAGUAAACAAUACUCCUAUAAUCUCCGGAAUGACACCUUUAGCUGGACUUAUUAAUGCAUAUGAUGCCGCUUACGAUCCCGAAACGGCUCAGGUAUUCUUCUUGGAGCAUGCAACAGUUGGUCGUAUUAUUGGUCCUAAUAGUCUUCCUGAAUCACGAAUAUUGCAAGUAAUUCCAGGUGCAAAGAAUCGAACGGAGAUAAUUGCUUCACAAAUACCUGAUGAUCCAUAUGCAAUGGCAGUUGAUUGGAUUUCGAGAAAUAUGUAUGUUGCAAAUAAAAUUUCUCAAACAGUUGAAGUAAUACGAACUAAGGAUAUUCAGUAUCGAGCAACAAUUCUGCAUAAUGAUCAAUCUCCUACGGCAGUGUCAAAUCCAGUAGCUUUGGCGCUUGAUUCUGAUCGUGGAUUUCUGUUCUGGUUAGACCAAGGUGGUGGUGCUCUUUCUCCCAAAAUAGCCCGAGCUGACUUAGAUGGCAAGAACGCCUUGGUGAUUGUUUCUAGUGAUAUCACGGAACUUAAUCACAUAGCGCUUGACACAGUCAAUCAGCGCGUGUACUUCUCUGAAGCAAAAGCUGGGCGUAUAUCAUUUGUAUCAUAUGAUGGUCAAGAUCGACACUAUGUAUUAAAUGACGUAGGAAAGCAACCACGUGGUCUUGCGUUUUUCAACAGUCGCCUCUUCUAUGCUGAUAGCGCAUUUGAUAGUAUUGAAGUUGCUAGCAUUACUAGUGAUGUCCAGCUAUUACAAUUCCAGCAUUUUAAGAAGGGUGCUGACCAGCUGGUCAAUAUCAAAGCCAUAUCUGGACGAAGUAAGCAACAAAAGUCGGUAGCAAUGGAACCUAUUGGUGGUACAGCUAUCACCGCAGUGGAUUUCGAAUUUGAAACUAAAUCAUUAUAUGUAGCAGAAUCGUCUGGUCCUAAUCGUGGAAUUUACAAAGUUACUUUAGGUACGGGAAAAGUGCAAAAUAUCGUUCGAGAUAACUUUGGCUCCUUUACAGUGCGAAGCAUUGCUCUCGACUGGAUUAACUAUAAUUUAUACUUCAUCAAUGUUGAUUCGGAUCGUACUCAUAUUGAAGUCUGCCAGCUUGAUGGAAAACAUCGGAAGGUCUUACUUUCUACAAAAACAGAAACGCCAACAUCAAUUGCAGUUGAUCCAAUUGGACGAUAUUUGUAUUGGGCUGAUCAAGGCCAAAAACCUACUAUUCAGCGAGCUUUUCUGGAUGGCAGUCACCGACAAGUGAUUGUUCAUGAAAAUAUUGCUGAACCAACAGACUUGAUUGUAGAUCCAAGUAGCCAUAUGGUGUACUGGACUGAUGCUAAACUUGAUGGGAUAUUCCGAGUUCGAGCUGAAGGUGGUAAUCCAGAACUUGUUCGGAAUGAUAUUGCUGCUGCUGCUGGAAUUGCAUUGCUUGGACAAACAAUGUAUUGGACAGAUAAUCGUCUACAGAAAGUGUUCUCUGCUUCUAGUCAUCCCAACAAGACAUCAAUACUAAUUUCACCAACGACAAUGGCAGCUGGUCUAGCAGAUUUAGGAAAUGUCGCUGUAUUCGAUGAAUCUGUACAGCCUAAAGCAUCAUCUCCUUGUCAGAUAACAGAUAAUCUGAGGAAGACGCCUUGCACUCAACUUUGUUUCGCAUCACCUGGAAGUCAAAGUCCUUCAUGUGCAUGUGCUCGUGGUGUACUCAAAGGUCGAUCAUGUGAAGAGCCAGAAACCUUCUUGAUGUUUGCUGAUGGGGAUCGUAUAAUUGAUGCACCAAUUGAACCAGAUGUUAAAGCGCCAAAUCCAUUAAAGGAAGCUUUGCCACAAAUUGAAAAUUUACAAUUAUUUGAUGUUGACGUAAAUUUACGGCGUGUAUACGUCGUUACAGAAUUACCAAAUGGUGCUAACAUUUCAUGGUUUGCAAUGAAUCAACCGCACAAGCGCAGACUCAUUUUUGGUUCAAAAAAAAAUAAACUGGCAGAAACAGUACGACAUAUAUCGGAUAUGAAGCUUGAUUGGUUAACACACAAAAUAUAUUUCACCACAGGAAGGCAUGCAAUAUUUUUAUUAAAGCUACAAAAUAGCUUUUUUUUAAAUAACUUUUGCGCUCUUUUCUUUGCAUACGCGGAAAAUUCGGCAGGUGGAAAAAUAUACGUCGUAGAUGUGCAAGGUGAGCAUAUCGCUACAGUGGCGAGUGGUGAUUGGACGUAUGCACUGGCUGUUGAUCCGUGUGCCGGAUACGUAUUCUGGUCCGAUAGCGGUUAUAAAAUCACUGGCGGCGUAUAUGAACCGCGAAUUGAGCGUGCAAAUAUGGCAGGUGGAGACCGGCAAGUUAUUCUCAAAGAAAGUAUAAGCUUACCAGCUGCGCUAGCUGUUGAUUUCCGUGAACAGCGUUUAUACUGGGCUGAUAUCAACAGACUUAAUAUUGAGUCAUCUGACUAUGAUGGUAAGAAUCAACGAACAAUCGGCAUAAAUUAUCGAGCCAAAAGCUUAGAUAUCUGGGGCCAGUGGUUGUAUAUGAGUGAUCCUUUGGCUAAUGGAAUAUAUAGAAUGAAUAAGAACUCUGGAGCAAACUACGAAAAUGUAGUAGCAGAUCGACGUAUGCCAUCCACACUAAGAGUAAUUGCUUCUGAAGCUGACUCGCGAACUCGUAAUCAAUUCUGCAACACGCUCACUUCAAGUUUAUGCAAAAAGAAUAAUGGUGGCUGUGAUCAGCUUUGUCACGUGGUUGCAGUAAAUGGGGGAAUUACUGCUUCUAAGGUUCAGUGUGCUUGCAAUGAUUCAUUUGAACUCGUUGUUGAACCAGGCAAAGAUAUUGCUACACAAUGUGUACUGCGUGACUCUUCUACUCAAAAUUGUCAACCUCCAUACAACUUCCAAUGUGGCGAUGGUGCUUGUAUAGCACUUAGUGAAACAUGUAAUGGACAGCAAGAUUGCAGUGAUGGUUCCGAUGAGCAUGCCACGUAUUGUAAUACGCGAGUAUGUCCAGAAAAAUAUUUCCUCUGCACUAAUCGACGUUGUAUUGAUGCUGAUCGACGCUGCAAUGGUAUUAAUGAUUGUAGUGAUAACUCUGAUGAAUUAGAUUGUGCAGGUGUAUCAGCUACCUGUCCUCCUGGACAUUUCGAAUGUUCCAAUGGACAUUGUAUCAACACUACUCAGGUCUGCGAUGGCCAUAAUGACUGCCAUGACGAAAAAGUUUCUGAUGAAAACCAAGAAACAUGCCGAGAUUCACCUAUUAAUUGUCGUGGAGUACGAAUACGUUGUCCGAAUACUAAUAUUUGCAUACAGCCUGCUGAUCUUUGCGAUGGUUAUGAUGACUGUGGUGAUAAAGCUGAUGAGAAUAAACUUUUCUGCAUGAACCAGCCCUGCGCAAUGCAUUAUGUACGUUGUCCCAGUGGUCGGUGCAUACCAGAAACUUGGCAAUGUGAUGGUGACAACGAUUGUGGAGAAGGAGCUUGGGAUGAAAAUCAUACUAAUUGUACUGAUAGUAAUGGCAGGCGUAUUUGCGUAGGAGAAUAUCUAUUUCAGUGUGAUAAUGGGAAAUGUAUCAGCCGUGCGUUUAUUUGUGAUGGAGAAGACGACUGUGGUGAUGCAAGCGAUGAAAGUACCAUUCAUAACUGCGGCAACCGUACGUGUACAGAGCAGGAAUUUCACUGCAAAUCAAAUGCGCGUUUGUCGCAACCCAAAUAUGAAUGCAUCCCAAAAGCAUGGCUUUGUGAUGGCGAUGUUACGUGUGCUAAUGGAGAAGAUGAGAGUAAAGAACUUUGUGGUGUAGAAAAAAAAGAAUGUAAUAAAGGAGAAUUUAGAUGUGCCAACAAGCAUUGCAUUCAUGCUUCUUGGGAAUGCGAUGGCGACAAUGAUUGUCUUGAUGGCUCUGAUGAACACGCUAAUUGCACGUAUUCAAAAUGUCAACCAGAAUUCUGGCGAUGCGGUAAUAAUAAAUGCAUUCCAAAUUCAUGGAAAUGUGAUGGUAAUGAUGAUUGUAAUGAUGGUAGCGACGAAAAGGAUUGCCCUGAUAAAAAUGCAAUAUCAAAGAAAGAAGGCAGCUGUCCAGCAGGUCACUUCCGUUGUAAUAACGGAGAUUGCAUAGUAGAAACAAAAUUAUGCGAUAGAGUUUAUGAUUGUUUGGAUCGAUCGGAUGAAUCUUCAAAAUGCUUUAUCAAUGAAUGUGCCGUGGCAGAAAAACCGUUAUGUGAGCAAAAAUGUGUCGAUUUACCGAUUGAUUAUCGUUGCGAUUGUUUCGAUGGAUUCACUCUUGACAAAAUUGAUAACAAAUCCUGUCAUGACAUUGAUGAAUGUGAAACUGGAUUGGGACGUUGUAGUCAGAAAUGCGUGAAUAAAAUUGGUACUUACAAGUGUUGGUGUGUUGAUGGCUAUGCUUUAUCAAACGACGAACGAACAUGCAAACGAGUUAAUUUGAAUCCACAACCAUGGCUGUUAUUUGCAAACAAACAUUACAUAAGGAAACUUACAUUAGAUGGACAGAAUUAUGAGUUAGUAGCUCGAGGAUUCGAGAAUGUUAUAUCAAUGGAUAUUGACAUGAAGGAAAGAAAAGUAUAUCUUGUCGAUUCUGGAAAAUUGCGAUUGUAUAGAGUUGGUUUAGAAGAGUUGGAUCAACCGAUUGAUUCAUAUGAAGUUGUACUAAGACAUAAUAUUUUUGGUACAGAAGGCAUUGCCAUUGACUGGAUUGGUCGAAAGCUGUACAUGUUAAACCGACAAGAACGCUCGUUACGAGUUUGUGAGUUAGAUGGUCGUUACUGUCGAACACUUAUACGUGAUCGCAUUACUCAGCCAAAGGCAAUCGUAAUACAUCCUGGCAAGGGCUAUUUAUAUUUUACGGAAUGGAGUCUACAAGCAUACAUUGGGAGGAUAUCCUUGGAUGGAUCUCCUCAGUUGGCUGACCCCAUCGAAAAACUUGCUGAAAACGAUCUUGGCUGGCCAAAUGCUCUUGCUAUUGAUUUCUUCGCUGAUAAAUUAUUCUGGGCCGAUGCUCAUUUGAAUGAAGUUGGCUUUAUGAACCUUGACGGUGGUGCGAGAUAUCAUAUACCUGCUAAGCGCACUUCCCAUAUCUCAUCCAUGACUGUUUUUGAUGAUUAUCUGUUUUGGUCUGAUUGGAAUUUGCGUGAACUUAUUAGAGUCGACAAAUGGUCUGGUAUGAAUGAAACAGUUUUAAAAACAACGAUUCAAUUACCGAGUGAUAUAAGGGUUAUUCAUCCAUUUCGACAACCGGAUUUCAAAAACUCAUGUGGUCUUAAUAACGGUGGCUGCUCUCAUUUAUGUCUGCUUUCUGCUCACGAUCCUGGUUUUACGUGUGCUUGCCCAGAUCAAUUUAUUCUUCUUAGUGAUAAUAAAACCUGUGAACCACAUUGUACCGAUCGGCAGUUUGUAUGUGGAGGAGAAGACGCCAAAUGUAUUCCAAAACUUUGGUAUUGUGAUGGAGAACAAGAUUGUGGUGAUGGUAGCGAUGAACCAGGAAAAGAUAUAUGUGGACCAAGAAUUUGUGCUGUUGGUGAAUUCCAAUGUGCUAAUCAUAACUGUACGCGACCUUUCCAAAUUUGUGAUGGAAAUAAUGAUUGUGGCGAUGGUUCUGAUGAAGUGGAGUGCGACAAGCCUUGUGACCCAUGGAUGUUUAAAUGUGCAACAACUGGUAAAUGCAUUCCAAAAAGAUUUACUUGUGAUGGAGAUGAUGAUUGUGGUGAUCGUUCCGAUGAAUCUGAUGUUAUAUGUAAAAAUAAAGAGCGCAAUUGUACUGCGGAAGAAUUUCGUUGCAAUAAUCAUAAGUGCAUACCAAAAAUGUGGAGAUGUGAUAAUGAUGAUGACUGUGGUGAUGGUUCUGAUGAACCUGCAGAAUGCAUUAAUACUGAAUGUCAUAAAGGAUGGACUCGAUGUUCCACGUCUUAUAGGUGUAUACCGAAUUGGGCUUUCUGUAACGGACAGGACGACUGUCGUGAUAAUUCUGAUGAGAUAAUUGAACGUUGUCCAGCCUGCGAUGAUAUUGGAGAAUUUCGAUGCGCUACAUCUGGCAAAUGUAUUCCGAAAAGGUGGAUGUGUGAUAGUGAAAAUGAUUGCGGAGAUGAUUCUGAUGAAACGGAUCCUGUGUGUGGAGGGACAUCAAGGCCUUGUUCGGAAUCAGAAUUUCGAUGCAGUGAUGGUCGUUGUAUUCCGGGAAGUAAAGUUUGCGAUGGAACAGUUCAAUGUAGUGAUGGCUUGGAUGAAUCGCAAUGCAAAAUGCGUGAAUGCAACAAAGGAUAUAUGAAGUGUGAUGAUGGUACUUGCAUAUUGCAACAUCGUUGGUGUGACCGUCGACGUGAUUGCCCUAAUGCUUCUGAUGAAUUACACUGCGAAAAUUAUCCAAAUCGUCGUGAAUGUAGUUCAUUCGAAUUUGAAUGCGGUAAUUCAGUAUGCAUUCCGCGAAAAUUCAUUUGCGACGGUGAUAAUGAUUGUGGCGAUAAUUCGGAUGAAACAAGUGAGCAGUGCAAAAGUGCUCUUUGCGAUCCACCUUUACGUUUUCGCUGUGCACAUUCAAGACUUUGUCUCAACAUUUUACAGUUAUGUAAUGGAGUUAAUGAUUGUGGGCCAUUUGACUACUCAGAUGAGCAUCUUUCAAUGUGCAGCUCGUUUUCUGAAUAUGGUGAUUGCACUACUAAUCAGUUCAAAUGCACUAAUAGCAAAUGCAUCAAUGCAUCUUUGGCUUGUAAUCGAAAUGAUGAUUGUGGGGAUGCAAGCGAUGAAAUCGGAUGUGCGAAACGAAAAGGCAUCACAUGCGCGACAAACAAUGAAAAUGGUAACUGUAAACAUUUAUGCACAGAUGUCAGUGAUGGCUACUACUGUCAUUGUCGUGAUGGAUUUAAGCCGAAUCCUGAAGAUCCUUAUGACUGCAUUGAUAUUGAUGAGUGCGCUGAAAAUAACACUUGCACGCAAAAUUGUCUGAAUACAAAAGGAUCAUAUCUUUGCCGUUGUCUUGAUGACUAUGAAAACAACGUGGUUGUAGGAGCGAUGACUGGAAAGGAUUGUCGUGCUAAGGGUGAUGCACCGCUGAUAUUAGUAGCUACAGAUGGCGAAUUGGUGCAAUUAAGUCUUGCACACGCAAGUAGCACAAAUCGUCAUGCAGCAGGUACUUCUAAUCAAAAUGAUAUUAUCGCAGUGGACUUUGAUCCACGUCGACAGCUCAUGUUCUGGAUUGAUAGUCAACAACGUAAAGUAUACAGAUCUGCACUACCUAAAGGUAAUCAGUCACAUGCUGGCCAAGAACUGAAUAUAGAUUUCAAGGAUUUGAAAUUGUCACCUUCUGCACUAUCUGUAGAUUACCUGACAGGUAAUAUAUAUCUCGCAGCAAUACCAAAUGAAGGAAUAGUCGGAUUCAUGGCUAGAAAGAAACGAAAUACUGAUCAGUCUGCAAGUGCAGAAGAUGAAGGAGCAAUUUAUUUGGCGAAAUCUGAUGGUCGUUAUAUGCGAUCCGUAAUCAAAGGACGGCUUCAGAUUCCAACUGCUGUUGUUACGUUACCACAACUUGGACGAAUUUGUUUUGCUGAUGCUGGUUUCAGUGCCAAAAUAGAAUGUGCUGACAUGGAUGGAAAACAUCGUGAUGUUAUAAUUAAAGAUUUCAUUUAUUCUCCUACUUCAUUAACUGUUGAUGAAGGCAAAGAAAACCGGUUGUACUGGGCAGAUCCUAAAUAUCACAAAGUGGAAUCCGUCUUACCUGAUGGUACCAAACGAAGGACGAUUAUAGUAGAUCACCGUAUGCCAUGGACGAUAGAUGUUUUUGAAAAUAAUUUGUACUGGGCCUCUAAAGAAACUCGAGAUCUAUAUGUCCAGGAUAAAUUUGGACGUGGUCGUGUUAGUGUGUUGGCUUCUGAUAUAACAAAUGCGCAUAGUGUUCGUGUUCAACAGCGUUUCGCACGUGAUACUUCACGUGCCGUAUCAGCUUGCUCUCAGGCAGCUUGUAGUCAUUUAUGUGUUGAAUUACCUCGUAAUGCCUAUACGUGUUUAUGUCCUGACGAAUCUUCACAACUUGAUGAUGGUUUCUGUGCUGGUACUAAGGUGGAUGAACUGCCGAUGCCAAAACAGUGUGAAUGUCAAAACGGUGGUAUAUGCAAAUUAGAUGGCAGCUGUGAUUGUGGCGAUUUUGAAGGGGAGCAGUGCCAGAGAGGUUCCACAGUCUCACGACAACUCAUUGGUGGAUUUGGAUCAAAUGCUAUCUUGGCAGCAUUAUUGUUCAUCUCACUGUUAGCGUGCGUCACGUUGAUGACUCUAAUUGGAACAAGCUUGUACAGAAAACGGAUGUUGCUGUUUAAGAAAAACGAAGCAGCAGAUGGAGCAGUCUCAUUCCAUGGCAAUGUCAUCUCAUUCAGUAAUCCUGUUCUUGACCCUAAACCAAGUGAUAGUACGCAAGUAGAAUAUAGUAUGGCACAACUUCGAGCUGCUGAUGUUCCUUCAUCGACAACAUUCUCAAAUCCAGUUUAUGAGUUGGAAGAAUCCUCCGACACACAAUCUAUGCGAGCUUCUUCACUUGUCUCCUCUCCUACUGAAUCAACAGCCAGCGUUGCAACUACAUCCAGACAGCAUUCUUUUGCUGAUGUAAAACCAGAACUUUCUUCUUCUGUCAUAGCACCACAUUCGGAUUUGAGGCCGACUGUUCCUCCCAGAAGAAUGACCAAGGAAGAAAGUGAUAAAAUGAUGCUUGUAACCAACGACCAGGUCACCGAUGUGUAA